UGGCCAAACAUCAUCUUUACAUUUCGAAAAAUCCAACCAAAUUUUGGGCUCAGAAAAUGUCGAAAUUCUUUUGAACAAUGGAGGACACACUGGACAAGCUGAAGAGUGUGUAUGGCGGGGAUGUGACCGAGAUCUACAGCGAUGUUUUCAACACCGGAUACUAUGGCCUUUUGGUCACUCUCCUGGCCUUUGCCGUCUUUGCCCUCUUUGUAAUGUAUCAGCGGAACUUGAAUCGAGCAGAGGUCCAACGACGUUGAACAACAGGAUACAUUUUCUGCUGGCCAUAAAACAUGAAAUAAUGUGAAAUUUCACAAUCCCACAACUGGAAUUUCUAC